GCCCCCGGCCUGCGUUUGCGCGGGGCCAGUGCCGGAGGCGCCCGGGACUGUGCGCGCUGCAGCCGCUGGGAGCAAUGAUUAACCCGGCGGGGCUGCCGGCAGGCGGCCCGGGGCGGAGGCGCGGGGCCGGGGCGGGACCCCGCCGGGCCGUUCGGCUUCCUGCUCCUGCCCAAGUUUCCUUGUAGAGGGCGCAGCGCCGGGCCGCGGCGUGGCGUGGCGCAGGGCACGCGUGGCCGCCGAGCGGGCCACCAGGGUCACCAUGAGGACUCUCCGCAGGUUGAAGUUCAUGAGUUCGCCCAGCCUCAGUGACCUGGGCAAGAGAGAGACGGCGGCCGCCGCCGCGGACGAGCGGGGCACACAGCAGCGCCGGGCCUGCGCCAACGCCACCUGGAACAGCAUCCACAACGGGGUGAUCGCCGUCUUCCAGCGCAGGGGCCUGCCCGACCAGGAGCUCUUCAGCCUCAACGAAGGUGUCCGGCAGCUGCUGAAGACRGAGCUCGGGCCCUUCUUCACGGAGUACCUGCAGAACCAGCUGCUGACUCAGGGCAUGGUGAUCCUCCGGGACAAGAUCCGCUUCUACGAGGGACAGAAGCUGCUGGACUCCCUGGCAGAGACCUGGGACUUCUUCUUCAGUGACGUGCUGCCCACGCUGCAGGCCAUCUUCUACCCAGUGCAGGGCAAGGAGCCCUCGGUGCGCCAGCUGGCCCUGCUGCUGUUCCGGAACACCAUCACUCUCAGCGUGAAGCUGGAGGAUGCACUGGCCCGUGCCCAUGCCCGCGUGCCGCCCGCCAUUGUGCAGAUGCUGCUGGUGCUGCAGGGGGUGCACGAGCCCAGGGGCGUCACGGAGGACUACCUGCGUCUGGAGGCGCUGAUCCAGAAGGUGGUGUCACCGUACCUGGGCACCUGUGGCCUCUUCUCCAGCGAGGGCCCCUCCUCCCACUCCUGCAUCCUGGAGAAGCGCCUGCUGCGCUCCCGCUCCGGGGACGUCCUGGCCAAGAACCCCGUGGUGCGCUCCAAGAGCUACAACACGCCGCUGCUGAACCCUGUGGCCGAGCACGAGGCGGAGGGUGCGGCGGCCGCCGGCCCGGGCAUCCGCAGGCACUCGGUGUCGGAGAUGACGUCCUGCCCCGAGCCCCAGGGCUUCGCUGGCUCCCCUGGCCCGGGCCCCACGGGCACCUUCAGGGCCUCCCCGUCGCCCCACUUGGGGCCCUGUGCCAGCAGACUGUACCCCCCGGCCCAGCCGCCGGCGCCAGGCCCUGCCCGCGGCUCCCCACCCUCCUCCAGCCCCGAGACCCUGGUGGACCAGACGCUGGAGUCCGCGGACUCUGACUCCGAAGGGAUUUUCAUUGACUUUGGCCGGGGCGGCGGCUCGGGGGUGUCCGGCUUCGAGGGGGCGGGGGGCCGGCAGAGCGUGGUGUGAGGCCAGCGCUG